AUGGCAGCGCUCAAAAUUGACAUGAAUAAGGCGUAUGACCGGGUUAAUUGGAGGUUUCUUUUAAAGGUUCUUCAGGCAUACGACCUUCCUGGACAAUGGAUUAAAUUGAUUAGUCAAUGUAUAUCCACAGUUACCUAUCGCAUUUUGAUCAACGGACAAAUUACGGAGGCUUUUCCAUCCACUUGUGGUCUCCGCCAGGGUGAUCCACUUUCUCCCUAUUUGUUUCUAUUCUGUAUGGAUAUCCUGUCCCGCAUGUUAACACUGGCUACUGAUCUUCGUCAUUUCGAUGGCUUUCGGGCCCACAGGUACGCGCCUUCUAUCUCCCAUCUGUUUUUUGCUGACGAUGCUCUUCUUUUCUUUAAAGCCUCAACUACGUCAUGCACGGCAAUUUCCAAUCUUCUGGGUCGCUUUUGUCAUAUUUCUGGGCAAAUGAUCAACCUCCGUAAAUCUUAUGUAAAAUUUAGCCCCAAUAUUCCUGAGAAUCGUGUCCUUGAAUAUAAAGGUCUCCUGCAGUUGGACUCGACAAAGUCUUUGGGUACAUAUCUUGGUGCUCCUGUGGAUAUUCAAGGGAAGAAAACUCAACAUUUUACCUUUCUACUGGAUAACAUUACGCAACGCAUCACAUCCUGGAGUCAUCUCCCUCUAUCACAAGCGGCGAAAUUGAUCCUCAUAAAUUCCAUACUUUUGGCUUCUAUCGCUCACAUCCUAUCGGUCUUCUUGAUUCCCAGAACCAUAGCAAACAAGGUAGAUGCAAUGCUUACUCGAUUUUUCUGGUCUACCAAUUCUGGUAAAGGGAUUGCUUGGCGAAGCAAGGACAUAUUACAUUUGCCCAAGGGUGCUGGUGGCCUAGGGUUGCGUAGUAUUACUUUGCACAAUCGCUCUCUAUUGAUUAAGAAAGUUUGGCGUCUGCAUCGGAAUCCCAAUCUUCUUAUAAGCAAAAUUUUUUGUUCGAUUCCACGGGCUAAUGCAAUUACACUAACUAAGCUUCGGCCUUUACGAGGACAAUGCUCUUGGGGUGCUCGAGGGCUGCAUCAAGCUGAGAAGGUUCUCUUAACAAAUUAUGUUUGGAAAAUUGGUUCUAAUUCAGGUCUACUUGCGGGAAAGGAGCGAUGGGUCAAUGGGGCGAUUCCCCUAUUUCGGGAAGAUGUUCCUCUUAGGACUGUUGCUUUGACGACAGUGGCAUCACUUUUGUUGCCUCAACACCAAGGUUGGAAUGUGCCUCGUCUCUGUGAGCUUUUUCAGUCCUCUACAGUUCGCACUAUUCGUGGAUUAGAGAUUCCACGGUUCAAUUCUCCUUCUAACAGUCUUCUUUGGCCUUUCACAACAUCUGGCCAAUAUACCACUAAAUCUGGGUACUUUUUCCUCUCUCGAAAUACAUAUAUCUGUAGCAUGAACGUCCCUCUAAAUUUGAACUUUUUUCGAAUUUCAUGGGGACUGCGCAUCAUGCCUAAAUGGAAGAUUUUCCUUUGGAAACUUUGCCACAAUGGGAUAGCGACAUCCGCCAAUCUCUCCUCGCGGGGUCUUGCAAUAUCUGAUACUUGUCCACAGUGUAACAUGGCACCUGAAACAUCCCAACACAUUUUCAGGAGUUGUCACUUGGCUACCAUUUUAUGGCAAUCAGGCCAACUGGGUAUUCAUUCAAAUUCAAAUCCUGAUGUUGCUUUCCAAGACUGGCUUAUUGCCUGGGUCCAUUAUUUCUACCAACAUGAUGGCUAUCAUGGUGCUCGUCUGCCGAUAUUUGUGGCCACCUUAUGGGGCAUUUGGCAGGGUAUUGCAUGGGUAGUUGACCAUAUUUCAAGCCACACUAGGGAAGGUCAAGGCAGUUGCAUUAUCGCUCCUUCGGCUCUAUCUGCUGAAGCCAAAGCUUGUUUGGAAGCUUUGAUUUGGGCUCAAGGACAUGGUCUUCGUCACAUCAUGGUAUAUACGGACUGUGAACUGCUGGUCCAGGGUUUACGGCAUCAAGGCACCCAACCAAUUUCAAUUGCUUGGACCCUGGACGACAUUCGAUCCAUUGGACAACAGUUUCAAUGGUGUAGGAUUACAAAGGUUUCUCGUCUACUAGUUCAGCAGGCUCAUGAUCUGGCUACUCAUAUACGGAAAGGCCAAAUUCCGUUUACGGCAUUUUAG